AAAUUCUAUCAACACUCACCACUUAAAAGCCAAUAAAUAAUAGUAAUAAUUCCACCAAAAAAAUCACAACCCACACACAAUCCUUUUGUUUUUACUCUGUCUCCUAGAAUUCAAUUCUUCAAUACAGAGAAGAAAACAAGUCUUGAAGAAGAAGAAGAAUCAGCGGUAGUAAUGUUUGGUGGUGGUAGUGUUUACUGGGGAAGGAAAGAAAGUGAAUCGAAAGGAAUUGUGGUUAUAUGCGCAUGGAUUUCGAUUCAUGAGAAACAUUUGAACAGUUACUUGGAUUUGUAUUCCUCUCUUGGUUGGAAUUCCCUUGUUUCUCAUGCCGAUUUCCUCUCCGCAUUUUAUCCUGAAAGGGCUUUGUCACUGGCAUAUAUUCUCCUCAAUGAGCUUGUUGAGGAUCUAAGGGUUAGGCCAUGUCCAGUUAUAUUUGUUGCUUUCUCUGGUGGUUCGAAAGCUUGCAUGUACAAGGUUUUUCAGAUUAUUCAAGGAAAAUGUGAAGGUCAUCUUAAUAUGGAUGAAUGUCGAUUGGUUAAGAACUGCAUUUCUGGGCAUAUCUACGACUCUAGCCCGAUAGAUUUUACAAGUGAUCUGGCUGCCCAAUUUUCUCUACACCCUGCAAUUCAAAGAAUGCCUGGUCCAUCAAAAUUCAUGUCUUGGGUUGCAAAAGGCCUUGCUUCUGGACUAGAUGGUUUAUACCUCACAAGGUUUGAAUUCCAACGUGCUGAGUAUUGGCAGACUCUGUACUCUUCAAUCGACAUGGGUGCUCCAUAUCUAAUUUUAUGCUCAGAGAAUGAUGACCUUGCACCUUAUGUUGUUAUCUCCAAAUUUGUUCAUCGUCUAAAAGAUCUUGGUGGAGAUGUUAAGCUUGUAAAGUGGAAUCAUUCACCUCACAUAGGUCAUUACCAGCACAAUCCAAUCCAGUACAGGGCUGCAGUGACCAAUUUGCUUGACAAGGCUCCUUCUGUUUAUUAUCGUAGGAUCCAACAACUCAGAGAGGGAAUUGGCUUGGACAGUAUGCACGAUGAGAUGUCCGAAUUAAUAUGUGACCUACAGAAAGCUGCUGUUAACUCAAACCAAAGCUUCAGAAGAGUUGCUGUGGGGCCAGGUGACCACUUCUUUGUGCCCAGUUCAGCGGAAUAUUGCAAUAGUAGAAAGCCAGAAUCCCUCCAAGAUGAAAGGAAAGAAAGAUCAAUUUAUCUGCCCAACCCUCCAAGUAUUAGUGCUCACAGUGUACUUGGAAAAGUCCUCUUUGAUGCAUGUGUCCCGAAGAAAAUUGAAGGUUGGGAUAUUAGAUUUUCUGGUUCUCUGAAUGGGCAGCCAAUUGCUUCUGCCCAGAGGAGACACUCACCUUUUCAUGGUAUCAAAUUCACUCGUCGCUCAAGAUUAUAAUGCUGAAUGUAUUGGACUUUGUUUAACCUGUCAUUGGCUUUACACGCAUCCUUCAAAAGUUUGUUGGAGAUUUUGAGCAAGCAAUCCUCGUGCUUGAAAAGUAACUUGGCAACUAAGCAAUGAAGUUGGGGUUUUUUUGACAUUUUGUGUGACAACUGGGUUAGAUAUGUAUGCUCGAGCUUCUGAGCCAUCCAUCUGGCAUGAUAGUGUACAGGUAGAACUAGUAUAAUAUCGUGUAGAGCGGAAUGCUUGUUUCUCAGAGCUGUUGAUAUAUAUUGCUAUGAGAUUUUAAUGGAUGAUCAGAUAGUCUACGAUACAGGUGAGAAGAAAGCCAAGGAAGUGCAUGGUUGUGUUUAUAGCUUAGAGUUGGGGCUUCUGUUCAUUCAACUAUCUGGUAUAGUGAUUUGACGAGGAGAUAGCAGCAUAAGAUGUAAAUUGUAGUUUAUGUAUAAACUCUAUGGGACUGGUUCUAGAGCUAAUGUAUUAUAGAAAAUUUAUGUGCAAUAAAUUAUCAAGAUUCAGGCAGGAGUUUGUUAUCUGAACAGCGUGUUUUGUACUCGGGCCUUUUGUUUUUAAUCUGAGAAAACUAUGUAAAAAAAUAUAUAAUAAGAUUGUCGCGGUGCUUUUAUUGUAAA